AUGAAACUCAUUUCUAUCCUUCUCACUUCUGUUUUAGCGGCUGUUUCUGUCUUUGCCAGUUUGGAGGAAGAUGUCACUCACGUCCCAGCUGAGGCCAUUAUUGGCUACUUGGAUUUUGGAGGUGACCAUGACAUCGCUUUUUUACCAUUCAGUAAUGCUACCGCCAGUGGGCUAUUGUUUAUCAAUACCACUAUCGCCGAGGCGGCUGGAAAAGAACAAAACACUACUAUGGUGAAAAGAGAGGCCGUUGCCGACGCUUGGCACUGGUUGAAUUUGAGACCUGGUCAACCUAUGUACAAGAGAGAUGCCAACGCUGACGCUUGGCAUUGGUUGCAACUCAAACCGGGCCAACCAAUGUACUAG